AUGCGUUCUCUCUUCGGAGAAAACAGUUGCUCUAAUUGGGAUAUAAGAGUAUCGCUCUUUUACAUCAGAAACCCACCAAGCGACAACAAUGAUUACUGCACAGUAUCACAUUUGGGAGCUUUGAUGUGCAGAAGACGUAAACAUCUAUCCCAUGACGAAUCCUGGUUGAAGCAGACUUUGACUGAUUACCUUUGGAGCAAUAUCUUCCCCGAAGAAAUGAAGACUGUCGUCUGCGUGAUCCAAAGAUACGAAGAGCUAAAAGCUGCAUUUCCCUCACUGCCGAUCAUCACUACAACCACAAGCACAACCACGACCACUACGACUACCACGACCACUACUACUGCAACUACUACACCAUCUACAUCUACAUCUACAACAACGACUCCUGCAACAACAGCUGCUCUUACAAGCUCGAUUGUUUUGGUAACAUCUAACACUCCGAAGCCACUCCAUCUUCGCGUUGAGCGAAAGCAAGAGAAUAAAAAGAGCUCACAAUCAAAAACAAGUACUGCCAGCAAGGAGGGGCGCAGCGGGACGGCAAAGGAAAGCACGACACAAUCGAAGGAAACAGAUUAACAAGCUGAAAAUCAAUGAAUUUUGAAAAUUUUGAAAAUAGA